UAAUAAACCAAAAAGAAAUUAGAACAGGAAAAAAAAAGGAAAAAGAACACUCCUCUCUUCUCUCUCUCAUACAAUGUGUAGUUGAGUUUCGCUUCGCUCUUUUGUCUUUGAUUUUUUUUUUUCAUUUUCUCUCUGUCGAAAGCUUAAGCAGCAGCAGCAGCAGCAGCGGCGGCAAGCAAACAAAAAAUGGCUAGCACUGCUAAAACGGAUCCAGAGGAGCGCAACAGAGAAGACGAAGAGGCUCCCGCCGCCGACGAUGAAGACACCGGAGCUCAAGGUCCAAUCGUCAAGCUAGAGGAAGUUGCCGUCUCUACUGGCGAAGAAGAUGAAGAUCCGAUUCUCGAUCUGAAGGCGAAGCUUUAUCGGUUCGAUAAGGAAGGGAAUCAGUGGAAGGAGAGAGGAGUUGGUAAUGUGAAGCUAUUGAAGCACAAAGUCAGUGGCAAAGUUCGCCUCGUCAUGCGCCAAUCCAAGACCCUCAAGAUCUGUGCAAAUCAUCUUGUUCUUCCCACAAUGACUGUGCAAGAACAUGCUGGAAACGAUAAAUCAUGCGUUUGGCACGCAACUGAUUUCGCAGAUGGGGAAUUGAAAGAGGAGAUGUUCUGCAUUCGAUUUGCUUCUGUUGAGAAUUGCAAGUCCUUCAUGGAGAUGGUUCAAGAGGUUGCUGAAAGUCAGGGAAAGAAAGAGGAAAACAAAGAUGCCACAGAUACAGCCGGCCUCCUCGAGAAGUUAAGCGUGGAAGAGAGUAAAACCGACGGAAAAGAACAAGAAGAAAAAGUUGCUGCCUCCGAGGAUAAGGAAGAAGCCGCAGCCGCCACAGAAGACAAAGCAAAGACGGAAGAUGAGCCGGCUUCAAAAGCAUAAAGCCUAAAAAAAAAAACAGAGCAUCUAAUACCAGAUGAAGUUUAUCGUAUACAUUGGAUUUUGAGUGGUUAGGGAGAUGAUAAAUUUUUUCCACAGGUUGGAGAGAUUAAAUGUUUGCAAAACUAUCAAAAUUACGUUGGGACCUGUUGGGAUGGGGAAGCUUUGUUUUUACUUUGCCUUAUAUGGGAUUGUAAUAGACGGUUCUAUCGGUCUUUUGAUGUUAUGGUUAGUUCAUUUGGUUUGAAGGGUAAAAUGCUGUUGGAAGUUUUACUAAUCAAUGCUUUUUAUGAA